AUUAUAUGGAUAGAGACCCCAUUUUGUCUAUCCGCCAACCCCUGGCUUGAGCCAGGAGCCCAAAACAGCCGAAUCUGCAGCCCCUCGGGGCCCCUUUGCCCUUGGAAAAAGCCUCUCGGCAGGUCCUGGCCAUGAUCCUGGAAGAUGUCGUGGCUGCCCACAGGGUGCCCCUGGUGCCCCAAGAGGAGAUCUCCAGCCCACGGCACGACAGCAAACAUCAGGAUUCUGUCCGCAGCCAACCACCUGCCUCGCCACGCAGGCAGGCCACGUGGUCCCCACAGGCCAGGCCUUCCGACCCACUGCACUUAUGCCGAGAGCCCUUGAGCCUUGUCCGUUGGCCCUCUUCCACCCUGAGGCGGCGAUCAAGGACAACGCCUGGCCCAGAGGAGGGCCCUUCACAAAAGGUGGACCAGGCCCCCCAGCCCACGCGGGUGGUGAUGCUAGAGGACAUUGCCAGCUCCAGACCCCCAGCGGAGGGCUUUGCCAGUGAGACUCUCUGCUUCAUCGUCCCAGCAAGAAGAGCUGGGUCCACCAGCCAAAGCCAAAGGGACCUGGAACCCCCAUUCCAGCCAUCUGCCCUGUCUGCAAACCCUCCAGAGAGCCCACCACCAGCCCCAGAUCCUCUUCUGGAGCCCUCAUCGACCCCGCCGCCAUCCGGUAUUUUACACCCCCGCCUCAGUCCCUGGGGCUUGGCCCCGCCUUCGAUUCCGUUCAUUCCAAGCAGGAGGGCUUUGCUGACAUCUUCCUCACGCCCAGCAAAGCCCCCCGCCCUCAUCACCCCCCAUGAAGUUGUAGUUGAAGAUUGUCAUGUCAGAGGCUGAGCAGUCCGGGGCUGCUGAGGGCACUGCAUCUAUCGGUCCCCGGCCCCCUAUCUGCCAGUGGCGGGCUCAAGACCAGAAUCCCCCAGCACCUCUCCCUAAGCCCUCUCUGGGCCGAUGCCACUCCUGCCCUGGUCGGGACCCCCUGGCCCACCCCACCUAAGCCGGCCACGGCCUCGGUGGCGCACUGUGGGUGGUGGAGAGAUGGCCUGAGCCCCACCAGCCCCUUGGCCCUGACUCUGGAAAGUGGUCUUCCCUCUUGGAGUGGGUGGAGGUCUCCUUCCCUCAUCACAUCUUGCUUGUCUACUGCGUCCACUUUUUCCUUCUUUGAACCUGCAGAACCCAAGUUGAGCUCAAGAGGAAGGAGCCAAGGGCCUCAGAAGACCAGGUGCUUUCAGACCCCAAGACCAAGACCUUGGGAAAGGCUUGCAGAAAGAACCACCAACACUUCCGUUUCCCUAUGAGUUUCAGGCCUAGCCAAUCUCUGUGGAGGAAGGGAAGAAAAUAGCUCCUUAUAUCCCAGUGACAUCCAAGGUGCUCCAUGAGCUCAACUGAAGGCACCCGCAGUGAUCUGCCCAGAGAAGGUUCAAGAGGGGGAGCACUCCUUGUAGCAGUGAGCCAUUGUGUAAAACUACAGCGUAAGGCAGAGACAGUAAUGACAGAAAGGUAGCUGUUUAUAAAAGUAGCCUGAUCUGAAGUCCAUAAUUUAGUGAUAGGUGGUGCACGAGAAUAUUGUUGUUAAAUUAAUAAAACUCGGACAGGUGGUCUAUCAUUUGUCAGUUCAGGGAAGGGUUUUUUGAGUUGUUGAAGUCAGCUAUUGGUUAGGGUACAAGGCUGCCCUCACAUGUUGCUGGUCAGAGUAUCAGCUAUUUUAAACAAAGCAAUUUGGUGAUAAGCACAGGAACCUUUAUGUAACUGAUAUGUAUCAGUUUUUUCUGGCCUUGAUUGAUUUUGUUUCUGGUAGAUUUAUAGGAGUGGGUAGAUUUGCAUGGGAAGAGGGAGGGAAUUGAUACAACUAAAAGAAAAGUAAAUUUGAAAUCUUGUUUUAUCCUUUUAUGGGAUCUUAAAAUGUAAUAGCUUUGUAUGUGUUUAAAUUCUAAAAUAUAAAUUUUAAAGUUAAAAAAAACUUUUUUUUAAAACUCAGAAAAGCACACACACAGCAAGAAAAAUGUUACCUAUUAAUGUCACCCAUUAAUUUUUGGUGUACUGUGUUUUGGGUGUGUGUGUAUGUAUUUGUGUAUAGGGAUAUAUAUGUAGAAGAGCUUUGCUGUCUGAGGAAAACUGUCAUCCUUUCUUUCCCCCUUUUCCCUACCAAACCUUAAGAAAAAAAAAGAAAGAAAGAAGUAGAUCCCAUAGAAGGUAAAAGGAGAUUCCUGUGUUGAGCAGAAAAGGAUUUGAAAACUAACAUUAUAAGUGAUCAAUUAAUUACUAAAUAUUUUCAUGUUUAGAUAAUUUUUACUUCCCUAUAAAACCUCUUAACUGUGAAGACUCAAAGAAUUCUUGAGUCAAGAGUUAUGUGUCUAAGUUUUUAAAGAGAAUUUCUCCAUUACUUUCUUUUUUUAACAUCUUUUCUCCAUUACUUUUUAAUUGAACCUCAUCGUCUUCCUUUAGGAUUGCUGUCCUGAGAAGGUAUCACUUGGCUCUGACUUGGUUUAACCCGUAGACCACAGCAGAUUGUAGAGCUCAUGUGCCGUCACCUGUUUUUUUUUUACCACCUUUCUGUGUUUUCU